AUGUCUAAUGAUGAACCUAUAAUAUUAGAUCAUAAUUUCUGCACUAAAGCUAGAUGUAAAAUAAGUACAAACGCCGUUCUCCUUGAUUUAACAAACAUGAAACCAAGUUCAUAUUAUAAAUUUCAAAUUUGGGGCGUAAAAAACGGUAAUGACAUCAAUCUCAAUCCGAACAAAGGGUGGUAUAUAGUCAAAAUGGGCGAUAUGAGCUUAUAUCAAACUACUGCAGCAGCAAAUAAUUGCGAUAGAAUCUAUUUGAAAUUUAAUCGAGAAAUUCUCGGAGGAGGAUUAUGGAACACAGAUGCAGAUCGAAAAAUUAGACCAAUAUCAAUAGAUUCAAAGACAAUUGCGAUAAAAUUAGAAUCAGUUUACGACAAAGAUGAAUUACAAUAUUUAAUACAAAAUUUUCAGAAUACAAUCAUGAAUAUGUUACAACAUCAUCAUUUAAAUACAUAUUUUGAUAAACUAUGGAAACAUGAUGAUGAUAUGACAGAUCUAGAAUACAUUAUAUCCGAAAGCAUAUUCAAAUUCGAAGAAAUACUAUGUAAUUUUAAUAAUCCGAGGCUAAUAGAUACUUAUAAACAUAUUUUACAGACAAGAUUUUCUUUAUCAAAGUACGAACCUCUUCCAUGCAAUAAUGUUCGAGUUGUGUUCGAAGUAGCUGAUGUAAAGGAUGCAGCCAACAAUAAAUUUAUAAUGAAUGAAAUUAAGAAAAUUUAUUUAGAAGAAACACCUGUUUACAACAAAAUACUCGAAGAACAGAAAGAAAUGGUAAAGACUCUAGCUAAAAAUGACUUCAUUCGUAGAUCAGAAAAGAAUUAUUAUGCAAAAAUUUUAAGUAACAUUUAUACAGCAGAUAAAGUGAAUAGAAUGUUAUCUGUUAAAUCUUGUAUAAGGCCAGUGUUCCAAAAACAGAAUUCUGUUUGA